AUGUUUCGAGUGUUCUUCAUGUGCGCCCAGCCUCGCUCGGUGGGGACAGAAGUACGCCACAAGGCUGGCUUCCAGUUUCUGCAAGAUGAAAAUAUCCCAUUCUACACCUUGCUUCAUCAAAUUGGCCUCGUCCACUCUCAGCGGCUGCGAUUCGACUCUGCUUCCAUGGCCGUCCUCGAGGGUUGGUUCCCCCCUACCCGGGAGAACUGGGAGAUCAUACUUCUUUCUUUCCGGAUAAGCUAUCCCAUUAUUUCGCUCUUGCAGAUUCCGCUCUCCUGGUAUGGCAUGGGCAAGACGUCAGUGGACAGCAGGCUCAAUCUUCCCGGUCGUGUCGGCUGGAUGGCCAUGGAGGCGCCCGGGUUUCUGACCCUGCUCUACAUGAUGAAGACGCUGCCGCAGCAGCACGGAAUCGAUGAUUUACCAUGGCAGAAUCGCGUUUUGGCAGGCCUGUUCGUCAUCCACUACGUCUACCGGGCCAUUGUCUUCCCGCUCAUCCAGCCCUCCAUGUCGCCGAUCCAUGUUCUCGUCGCGCUGAUGGCGCUCGGCUUCCAGGUGCUGAACGGCGUCUGCAUCGGCGGGUGGCUGGCUGCCUAUGGCCCCACGACGGCCGAGGCGUGGGACCGGGCGUCGUCGACCGGGCAGUUCGUCCUGGGCAUCGCCAUCUUCUACGUCGGCCUUGCGUCCAAUUUCUUCCACGACGAGGAGCUGCGCGAGAUCCGGAGGACGGAGCAGCGCCGGCAGCAGCGCGCCAAAGGCGGAGCCGUCAACGUGGAGAAGCAUUACCAGAUCCCGCAGGCCGGCUUGUUCCGGUACGUCCUGUACGCGCAUUACCUCUGCGAGUGGGUCGAGUGGUCGGGGUUUCUGGUUGCGGCGGGCUUGGGGUGUGUGCCCGCGUGGACGUUUCUGUUGAACGAGGUGUUUGCCAUGUUGCCGCGGGCAGUGAAGGGCAAGAGAUGGUACAUUGACAGGUUUGGGCAGGAGAAGAUUGGGAAGAAAUGGGCGGUGAUUCCGGGGAUUAUCUGA